GGUGUUAGUCUUUCCUCUGUCACCCUUCUCUGAUCACCGGUUUUUACCCUCAUUCUCAUCUACCUCCCUCGUUCCAUCAACCCUAAGCAUCAUAUUGAACCUGUCACGUCUCGUCGCACCGGCUCCAGUUUGAUAUCACGAUCAAGAUGCCUCCGAUAACAGUCAGCCAGGAAGAGCAGCCCCAUGAUGAAUUCCUCCAAGAACGCUUUGGGAAGUUGUUCGACAUCAGCAACGAGGCGCUAGUCGAGCUUGCCCUCAGCGUCCGCAGCAAAUACAUCACCAACACCCAAGCCACCGCGAAAGUCCUCGAGCACUGGAUCGGCACCUACAACCUCAUCCACGUCAUCGGAUUCAGCGACGGACUGAAGUACGUGAUCCGCGUGCCUGCAAGCGCCCGCCACGGGCAGAUGUCGGAGGCGGCGCAGCGAGCCCUGGUCAGCCAGGCGCGGAUGAUGCGAUUCAUCAAGAAACGAACCAUGAUCCCGAUGCCGGACGUGUUCGACUUCGACGCGGGAUUCGCCAACCCGCUCAAGACGCCGUACAUCGUGCUCAGCUACAUCCCCGGCCGCAUGGUGGCGGAGGCCUGGUUCGACCGGUCCGGCCCCGUGCAACUCGAAGAGAAACGGUUGCGGAUCCUGAACAGUGUGGCCGAGGCGAUGGCGCAGCUGCGCGGGUUCCAGUUCGAGCAGAUCGGGUCGCUCGACGUGGCGGACGAGCGGCUGGGCCAGCUCAACGCGAUGGCGCCCUGCUACGGGUGGGAGGAGAACUACCAGGACGACGGCGGCCACGUCUUCCACGUCCAGCAGUGCGGGCCCUUCUCCUCCUCGACCGCGUACCUGCGCCACCGGCUGCAGCGCGUCACCCAGUGGACGGAGACCCCCAGCGACCGCGGCUGCCGCGUGCUGCUCGACCUGAUGAUCGACUGCCUGCCGCGCUCGACCCGCCGCCGCAGCGACCCCCACGAGUCCUUCGUACUCAGCGUCCCCGACCUCAGCGCCAAGAACGUCCUCGUCGACGAGCAGGGCGCCGUGACCGGCUUCGUCGACUGGGACGGCGCCCACACCAUGCCGCGCUACCUGGGCUACUCCAGCUUCCCCGGCUGGAUCACCACCGACCUCAACCCGCUGCACUUCAUCUGGGCCGAGGACUUCGAGGAACCCCCCGAGCUGCUGAAGCAGUACCGGCUGCUGUACAACCGCAAGAUGCAGGGCCUGCUGCGGGGCUCCGGCGACGCCAAGUUCGUCCACAAGUCCCAUAUCUACGAGGCGAUGCACCUGGCCGUCUGCACCCUACGCCCUCGCCUGGAGAUCGUCACCACCCUCGUCGCCAAGGCGUUCCCCACCAAUACGGAGGUGGCCAUGAAUCUCAUCAUGCUGGCGGGCGAGGGAAGACUGUCGACGCAUGAGAAGGAUCAGUUGACCCGAGGGUUUCAGCUGUUGUUCGCGGUCUCUUACUGACUUGCUGAUAUGAUAUGCAGGGAAUGGAAAUAUGUUCUAUGAAGGUGGCAGCAUGUAUCCAGCAGGACUUCUGGGUUGGAAGUAUCUGACUUCAUGUGAACUAGCAUGGCUCUCAUUAAAUCAAUGUAAUGCAAUGUGACACCAACGUGUAGUUUUUGCUUUCUUGAUA